GCACUAUCAACCAUGGCACCCACAACCUCCGGCAUCCGCAUCGCCGUUGAUAGGGGAGGUACCUUUACCGAUGCCUGGGCUUGGAUCCCGGAGACGGGCGAGGAGCUUGUCUUGAAAGUGCUCUCAAACUGCCCGGAUGAGUACGAUGACGCACCAACAGAAUGUAUCCGCCAAAUCCUGGAGACGGCCACAAAGAAGGAGAUACCGAGAGGAACCCCGCUCAAUCUCGACCUGGUUGAGUCCAUUCGCAUGGGCACGACGGUGGCUACGAAUGCACUGCUCGAGAGAAAGGGCGAGAGCACCGCCCUCGUCAUCACCAAGGGCUUCCGGGACAUUCUAGAGAUCGGCAACCAGGCAAGGCCCAACAUCUUUGACCUCUCAGUGCGUCGUAUGGCCAAACUCUACGACACAGUAAUGGAGGUCGAUGAGCGUGUCACCAUCGAAGGCUUUGCGGAGGAUCCGGAACCCCAGCCGAUCGAUGUCGACUCGGACCCGCAACUGCGCACGGGACUGUCUGGUGAUGUCGUUCGCAUCAUCAAAGUCCCAGACUAUGAUCAGGUUCGAAGGGACCUGAAGGGACUGUGGCAUCGUGGUUAUCGGAGUGUUGCAGUCGCUCUGCUCCACUCUUAUGCCUUCCAGGACCACGAGAUCGGCGUCAGCAACGUCGCCAGAGAGCUGGGCUUCAGGGUGGCGGUCUCGUCGGAACUGCAAAAGAUGAGCAAGAUUGUGCCCCGGAGCCAAUCGGCAGUCACGGACGCCUAUCUAUCUCCGGUGACCGACGCAUACCUCGACAGCUUCAGGAAGGGCUUCAAGGGGAGACUGGAGGACCACAAUGCCGGAAAGCUUUUCCUCAACCAGUCGGACGGCGGACUGACCACCUACGCAAAAUUCACCGGCCUCCGAGGCGUCCUCAGUGGACCUGCUGGCGGUGUCAUCGGUCUCUCCCGGACCUGCUACGACGAGAAGGAUGGAACGCCGGUGCUUGGUUUCGACAUGGGAGGCACCAGCACCGAUGUCGCGCGAUAUGCAGGAUCUCUGGAGCACAUAUUUGAGAGCACCAUUGCCGAAGUCACCAUCCAAACCCCCCAGCUGGACAUAAACACAGUAGCUGCAGGGGGCGGAUCGAUCCUCAGCUGGGAGAACGGCCUGUUCAAAGUCGGGCCCGGGAGUGCCGGCGCCGAUCCGGGACCAGCGUGCUACGGUCGCGGCGGCCCUCUCACGGUGACCGAUGCCAACUUCUUUCUCGGGAGGAUCAUACCGGACCUCUUCCCGCGGCCUCUAGACUACAACAUAGUGCAGAAGAAGUUUCAGGAGCUCACCGCCACGAUCAACGCCAGUACAAUAGACGGAGGCAACGCGUUCGAGCCCGAGCAAGUCGCCGUUGGGUUCCUCAUGGUAGCCAAUGCCACCAUGACCCGACCGAUCAGGACGCUCAGCGAGGGCCGUGGCUUCGAGGCGGGGGCGCAUAACCUCGGAUGCUUUGGCGGCGCUGGCGGCCAGCACGCAGUGGCCGUAGCUCGCGACCUGGGUAUCCCGGUCGUCAUCAUCCCUCGCUACUCCAGUAUCCUAUCUGCCUACGGUAUGGCACUGUCUAGCGUCGUCCUUGACAAGCAAGAGCCGGAAUCGCGCGCCUUCUCGGACGAAUCCCUGGUCCCACUCCAGGAGAAGCUCGACAGGCUGUGCGCCCAGGGCCGAGACGGACUGGCCGAUCAAGGCUUCGACGAUGCUGAUGUGCAGCACGAGCUCUUCUUGAACAUGCGUUAUCGCGGGAGUGACACGACAUUGAUGAUACAGAGCCCAGGCAAGAUAUCCGAGUUCGGCGCGGCCUUCGUCAACCGCCACCAACAGGAGUUUGGAUUCACGCAGCCUCGUGAGAUCCUCGUUGACGAUGUCCGAGUACGCAGCAUCGGAAAGGGGGUGGAUAUCAAGCUGACCAGUCCCUUCGAAGAGCUCCGGAAGGUCGGGAAGUCAAUGCCAGCCACACCGCCCGAGCCGGACUCUGUGCGCAGGGUUCACUUUGAGCAGGGCGGUUGGACGGAGACCGGAGUUUUCCACCUGGAAAAUCUUAUCCCAGGAAUGCGCGUCCCUGGGCCUGCGAUGAUUGUCGACAAGACGCAGACUGUUGUCGUUGAUCCUUUCAGCGCGGCCACAGUUCUGUCUGAGCAUCUGAUACUAGAUAUCCUAGACGUCAGGCGCAACGAUGUCGAGAUCGAUACUGUUGACCCCGUCCAGCUCAGCAUCUUCGGCAAUCGGUUCAUGAGCGUGGCCGAGCAGAUGGGCAUGACGAUGCAAAAGACUUCCGUGUCGGUAAACAUCAAGGAGAGGUUGGACUUCUCAUGUGCCGUAUUCUCGGCCGACGGCGGCUUAGUCGCCAAUGCACCUCACAUCCCCGGCCACCUGGGAUCCAUGAGUUACGCCGUGGCGUACCAGGCCAAACUCUACGGCCCCGGCGAGCUUAGACCUGGCGAUGUUCUCCUCAGCAACCACCCCCGAGCCGGGGGAACCCACUUGCCCGAUCUCACCGUUACAACCCCCGUAUUUGACGAGGGGGACCCGAGCAAGAUCCUCUUCUUCGUUGCAAACAGGGGGCACCACGCUGACAUUGGUGGUAUCCAGCCUGGGUCGAUGCCUCCGAACUCGACUGAGCUCUGGCAGGAGGGCGUCGCAGUCGAGACGUUCAAAUUGGUCAAGGAGGGUGUCUUUGAUGAAGCUGGUCUGCAUGAGAUUCUGGUCGACAUACCUGCUUCAUACCCGGGAUGCAGCGGCACAAGAACAUUGAAUGACAACGUGGCCGACCUCAAGGCAGCCAUUGCGGCCAACAACCGCGGUAUCCAUCUCAUCAACGCGCUGGUCAAGGAUUAUUCGUGGCCUGUGGUGCAGUUCUACAUGCAGGCCAUCCAGGACAAUGCCGCUCAGUCGGUUCGCGAACUGCUCAAAGUCUUCUCAACGAGGUUCGAAGACCAAGACCUGAGUGCCACGGACUACCUUGAUGACGGUACACCUCUGUCUCUGAAUAUCCACAUUGACGGGCAGACAGGCGAUGCUACCUUUGAUUUCGAAGGAACUGGCCCUGAGCACUUUGGUAACCUAAACUGCCCUCCGGCAGUCAUGCUCUCCGGAAUAAUGUAUUGCUUGCGAUCCAUGAUAGCCUCGGAGAUCCCUCUCAACCAGGGCUGCCUGUCGCCGAUCAGGCUGAAAGUGCCCGGGAACUCAAUACUCUCGCCGUCACUAAAGGCGGCUACCGUCGGUUCCAACGUAGAGACAUCCCAGCGUAUCGUGGACCUCAUCUUCAAGGCAUUCCAGGCCUGCGCAGCUUCACAAGGUACCUGCAACAACCUCACAUUCGGCUACGGAGGAACGGACCCGGAAACGGGCAAGGUAACGCAGGGCUUCGGUUACUACGAGACUAUAGCUGGUGGAUCCGGAGCCGGAGCAGACUGGGAGGGCGAGAGCGGAGUGCACACGCACGUGACCAACACGCGCAUCUCGGACCCGGAGAUCUUCGAGCGCCGCUACCCCGUCCUCCUCCACGAGUUUUCCAUCAGGGCCGGAAGCGGAGGCGCGGGCCUCAAUCGCGGCGGUGACGGGUGCGUGCGCGACAUUGAAUUCCGCAUGCCUCUUCAGGUAUCCAUCCUGUCCGAGCGCCGGGUUAUUGCGCCGUAUGGGAUGGCCGGCGGCGGCGAGGGCAAGCGAGGCCUGAAUCUGUGGGUCCGCCGCGAUCCCGAGGACGGGAGCACGCGCACAAUCAGCCUGGGGGGCAAGGCGACAACUCGCAUGAAUGCCGGUGAUAGGAUCAUCAUCCUCACGCCGGGAGGCGGAGGUUACGGGCCUGACCCCGCUCGGAAGCCAUCGCAGCAAAUAUUCGGGGCCUUCAAGAUUGGGGAUAAGUCUGCGUCGACGAUGAAUGCCAGGGGCAAUGGGGGGAGUGUUGCUCGUAGGAAUGAUAUUGCGACGGGGAAUUCAUGA